GAGAGAGAGAGAGAGAGAGAGAGAGAGAGUCUAUAAAUAAAAUAAAAAAAGGAGGGGAUAAGGGAAAGAAGGAGAACGGACGGUGCUGAUAGAAGAAAGGGAAGGUAGAAUCUGAGAUCUGAGUCGUCUUCGCUCUCCGCUCUUCUCCAGCGUCCGAUCCAAUCUCCAUCCCUUCCCAGAAGCCCCUCGAUCUAACGCCACACCCACGCCCUCCAAUAUUCAAAUACUCCCCCAUCCAUCGGUCGAGGGUUCGGGCAACAUGGCCGAUGUACCGGCGAGUCCCGGCGGGGGCAGCCACGACAGCGGCGACCACAGCCCUCGCUCCGCGGUUCGUGAGCAGGACAGGUUUCUUCCUAUCGCUAAUAUUAGCCGGAUCAUGAAGAAGGGGCUUCCCGCGAACGGGAAGAUCGCCAAGGAUGCGAAGGAGACGGUUCAGGAAUGCGUGUCGGAGUUCAUCAGUUUCAUCACCAGCGAGGCAAGUGAUAAGUGCCAGAGGGAGAAGAGGAAGACGAUUAAUGGGGAUGAUUUGCUUUGGGCAAUGGCGACGUUAGGGUUUGAAGAUUAUAUUGAUCCGCUCAAGGUGUACUUGGCUAGAUACAGAGAGGGCGACACCAAGGGAUCAGCAAAGGGUGUAGAUGGGUCGGCCAAAAAAGAUGCUGUUGGAAUGCAAUCUGCUCCAAAUGCCCAGAUUGCUCAUCAAAGUUCUUUGAUGCAAGGUGCUAACUAUGUGAAUUCUCAAAAUUUGGAAAUGCUGCCCUCCACCGUAUUGUUGUUAGAGCUGAUUAGCCUGUUGCCGCUCCUGCUGCUGUGCCAUCAACCCGUCUCCCACCUGCCAGCUGGAUCUCUAUUUCUGCUGCUGCAAUUACACCCUAUGCGUGACAACCUACAAGCAGAACCCCUGAGUCACAGGCGCAGCAUCUGAUGGUUCCCAUGCAAGGUACUGAUUAGACUUGCUGCCUAUGAUUCAGAAUCCCAGUUAAGAUUUGGUCUCGUUAUCGAAAGGUGUUCUUAUUAAAAUAUUUGUGUGAUCUAAACAUUGUAACUGUUCUGUUUGGUUUUGAUGUAUUUUGGCUGUUAGGGUGUUAAUUUAUGUUGAAAUAUGUAUAUUAGGCUGCCCUCUGGAGUAUAUUUGAAGAAAAUAUUGCAAGUCUAAGACUCGCAGGACUUGUUUGAGAAA